AUGGCCGCAUCCGGGAGCGCUCUCGCGUGGUCAGUGGCGUUCAAUCACGACUUUGCUCGCGUGCCGUGCGUGCGUCGAAGCGUCGGAUGUCGGCGGGUCGCUCCCACGUCGCCUCGACACAGGGAACGCGAAUCCACGUCGACACGGGCGCAGCUGGGAUCGCUCAAGCCCAUCGAGGAGAGCGGGGACGAGGGCCCAACGCAGUGGAGGGUCCGGCAGGUGUACGGCGACGGCAAGGAGCUUCUCGACCAGCUGAGGGAGGUUGCAGACCUGCUCGCGGAGGGCUUCAACAAGAGCGGCAGCACGAGCAGGGACCUCCUCAACGGGCUCGUGCAGAAGGUGCGGUGGAGCGGCGGUAACUUCUUGUGCCUCGUGGCGGAUAACGGCGAGGACGGCUCGGCGCUCGUCGGAGCGUGCGACCUCACGCUCCUCCCCGCGGGUGGACCCAAGCGUUCGAGGGAGGCGCUCGUGGCGGACGUGCCCGCUCUUCUCAACCUCCCGCCGGACGGUCACUUUCUCUACCUGACCGGGAUGGUCGUCCCGAGCACGUUCAGGCGACGGGGCAUCGGGCAGGCGCUGUUGCGGCGGUCGGAGGCGAUGGCGCGCAAGAUUCAACCGGCGCCCGAGUGCGUCGCGCUGCACGUCGACGUCGCCAACGUCGCCGCCAGGCGUUUGUACGCAAACGCCGGGUAUCAGUACGUGGGAUGGAGCGAGGGGGGCUCGGAGGAUAAAGGGGAGGAUGAAAAGGAGGAUAAAGAAGGACUUCCGUGGCGGCUCCCGUUCGGGCUCCCGAAGAAGCCGAAGACUGAGGUGCUCAUGGUGAAGUGGACCCCCGGCCCGGGGGCGAGUGGCGAGUAG